ACCCACAAACUCACAAUUCACAUAAACAUAUAGUUUUGUGUGUGUGUCAAGCACGGUACUUUCAUAGCUCAAAAGAGAUCAAUGGAGGACCAAAAUGCUAAUGGUAAGUUGAACAAAGGAGCACUGCUUCGAAAGAUUAAACCAUAUCUUGCUAUAUUAUCCCUUCAAUUUGGUUACUCGGGGAUGUACAUCAUUACUAUGGUUUCUUUCAAACAUGGUAUGAGCCAUUGGAUUCUCUCCGUGUACCGUCAUGUUGUGGCCGCAAUUAUAAUUACUCCUUUCGCUCUUGUGCUCGAAAGAAAAACAAGGCCAAAGAUGACUCUCCCCAUCUUCCUGAGGAUAGUGGCACUUGGUUUCCUUGAGCCAGUGCUAGAUCAAAACUUGUACAACAUGGGAAUGAAGAUGACAUCAACAACGUUUGCAUCUGCCACUGUUAAUGUCCUUCCAGCUAUUACUUUUAUAAUGGCUCUCACUUUCAGGUUAGAGUCAGUGAACUGGAGAAAAUUUCACAGCGUAGCCAAAGUAAUUGGAACGGUUGUAACCGUUUCAGGAGCUAUGGUUAUGACUUUGUACAAAGGCCCUGCCUAUCAAAUCAUAAAGGGAGGAGGAGCCAUCAACCACCACGCCUCCGCCACAACCGACCAACCAUCUGAGCAAAAUUGGUUGAUGGGCACAGUAAUGCUUAUAUCAAGUUGUUGUAGUUGGGCUGGAUUCUUUAUUUUACAAUCAUUCACUUUGAAGAAGUAUCCAGCAGAGCUAUCACUAACAGCAUGGAUUUGCUUGAUGGGUAUUAUUGAGGGUUCAAUUGCAUCACUUAUAUUUGAAAGAGACAUGAGUGUGUGGGUCAUAGGUUGGGACUCAAGGCUUCUUGCUUGUGUUUAUUCAGGUGUUAUAUGCUCUGGAAUGGCAUAUUAUGUACAAGGAGUUGUAACUAGAGAACGUGGACCAGUUUUUGUAACAUCUUUUAGUCCACUAUGUAUGAUUAUCACUGCUGCAUUGGGUUCUCUUGUCUUAGCUGAACAAGUUCAUCUUGGAAGUAUAUUUGGAGCUAUUAUCAUCGUUAUUGGUCUUUACACUGUGGUAUGGGGCAAAAGCAAAGAUCGUCGUGAAAGUGCAGAUGAAAUAGGAAAAGGUGAAAGCAAAGAUCAAUUGCCAAUCAAGAAUGGUACAAAAUCAGGAUCAGAAAUUUUUGAUGGCAUUGAGAUUAAUGUUCCAGCUGAAAAAUUGAAAAAAGGAGAAGCAAAAAAUGUUCCAACACAAGCAUGAUGAUGAAGUUUUUAUAAGAAUAAGAAUAGUUUAUAUAUCAAUUUUUCCUAUCUGCUAGAGGUUAUGAAAGAUUUUCUGCGGUGUGAAAAUCUAUUUCAAUUUACCUUCCUAAGUGGUUUUACUUUUAUUUUGUAACCUUAACUUUUUCUGUUCUCAAAGUAUAAUGUUAUGAAUCAAAUAAUGCAAUAAUUUAAUGCUUUA